AUGAAAGUCGAGAUAUUUGGAAUUAUUCGGUCUAUGAUGUCUUUCAGACUUACCGGAGGAACUAAAGAUUACAUUGUAAUAGGUUCAGAUUCUGGAAGAAUCGUUAUACUGGAGUAUAUACCUGCUAAGAACAUUCUAGAAAAGGUUCAUCAAGAAACAUUUGGCAAAUCUGGCUGCCGUAGAAUAGUACCUGGUCAAUAUCUAGCCAUAGAUCCUAAAGGCAGAGCUGUAAUGAUAGGUGCAAUUGAAAAACAAAAGCUGGUUUACAUUCUCAAUAGGGAUGCUGAGGCAAGAUUGACAAUUUCCUCGCCUCUAGAAGCCCAUAAAUCAAACACAUUAGUUUACCACAUGGUGGGUGUAGAUGUAGGUUUUGAAAAUCCAAUGUUUGCCUGUUUAGAAAUUGAUUAUGAAGAAGCCGACUCUGAUCCCACUGGUGAAGCUGCACAAAAAACUCAACAAACUUUAACUUUCUAUGAAUUGGAUUUGGGUUUAAACCAUGUAGUAAGAAAAUAUUCUGAACCUUUAGAAGAACAUGCAAAUUUUCUCAUAACAGUACCUGGUGGUAAUGACGGACCUUCUGGAGUUCUCAUAUGUUCAGAAAACUAUUUGACAUACAAAAAUCUGGGUGACCAACAUGAUAUCCGUUGCCCAAUACCUAGGCGGCGUAAUGAUUUGGAUGAUCCUGAAAGAGGGAUGAUAUUUGUGUGCUCAGCUACACAUAAAACAAAAUCAAUGUUUUUCUUUUUGGCUCAAACUGAACAAGGUGAUAUUUUCAAAAUUACAAUUGAAACUGACGAGGACAUGGUGACAGAAAUUAAACUCAAAUACUUUGACACAGUGCCUGUUGCAUCAUCUAUGUGUGUUUUGAAAACUGGAUUUCUUUUUGUGGCCUGUGAAUUUGGAAACCACUACUUGUAUCAAAUUGCUCACUUGGGUGAUGAAGAUGAUGAGCCUGAAUUUAGUUCUGCAAUGCCCUUAGAAGAAGGUGAUACUUUCUUCUUUGCUCCAAGACCUCUCCGAAAUUUGGUGUUAGUUGAUGAAUUGGAUUCGCUUUCUCCUAUAUUAGCCUGCCGUGUUGCUGAUUUGACUGGGGAAGAUACACCUCAAGUUUAUUUAGCAUGUGGUAGAGGUCCUCGAUCGUCUAUAAGAGCUUUAAGGCACGGUUUAGAAGUGGCUGAAAUGGCCGUUUCUGAAUUGCCUGGUUCUCCUAAUGCUGUAUGGACUGUCAAGCGACAUAAAGAUGAGGAAUAUGAUUCUUACAUCAUUGUAUCAUUCGUAAAUGCUACACUUGUGCUGUCUAUUGGUGAAACUGUUGAAGAAGUAACUGACUCUGGUUUCUUGGGUACAACACCGACACUUAGCUGUCAUGCAUUGGGUAAUGAUGCCCUGGUACAAGUUUACCCUGAUGGUAUAAGACAUAUAAGAGCAGAUAAACGUGUCAAUGAAUGGAAAGCACCAGGAAAGAAAUCCAUAGUAAAAUGUGCUGUAAACCAGAGACAAGUUGUGAUAGCUUUGACUGGUGGUGAACUUGUGUAUUUCGAGAUGGACCCGACUGGGCAGCUAAAUGAAUACACUGAAAGGAAGAAGCUAUCAUCAGAUGUUUCAUGUAUGGCACUGGGUUCAGUUGCAACUGGUGAACAACGGGCUUGGUUUUUAGCUGUGGGAUUAAAUGAUAACACUGUCAGAAUUAUUUCUUUGGAUCCAUCGGAUUGUUUGGCACCUCGCUCAAUGCAAGCCUUACCAGCCGGUGCAGAAUCCUUGUGCAUUGUUGAACAACCAUUUGAAUCUGGUGCCAAAUCUGCACUACACCUAAAUAUAGGUUUAAGCAAUGGAGUACUCCUUAGAACUACAUUGGACUCUGUGAGUGGUGACCUAGCAGACACUAGAACCAGAUAUUUGGGUUCAAGACCAGUAAAGUUAUUUAAAGUGAGAGUGCAGGCAACAGAAGCUGUACUUGCUGUGUCCUCGAGAACUUGGUUGGGAUAUCAUUACCAAAAUCGUUUCCAUUUAACACCUCUUUCAUACGAGUGUUUAGAAUAUGCUGCAGGAUUCAGCUCAGAACAAUGUGCUGAGGGUAUUGUGGCAAUUUCUUCGAACACAUUGAGAAUUCUUGCAUUAGAAAAACUAGGAGCAGUAUUUAACCAGACAUACUUGCCAUUAGAAUAUACACCACGAAAAUUUGUUAUUAAUUCUGACAAUAAUAACAUUAUUGUUCUGGAGACUGAUCACAAUUCCUACACAGAAGAAAUGAAGAAGCAAAGAAGAAUCCAAAUGGCGCAAGAAAUGAGAGAAGCAGCUGCUGGAGGUGGUCCAGAAGAACAACAAUUAGCAAAUGAAAUGGCAGAUGCUUUUCUGUCUGAUGUCUUGCCUGAGAAUAUUUUUUCUUCACCAAAAGCUGGUGCAGGUAUGUGGGCAUCACAAAUCCGUGUAAUGGAUAUGGGAGUUAGUGGUGGUCAACCAAGUACUUUAUUUAAGCUGCCUUUGGAACAGAAUGAAGCUGCUGUCUCACUUUGUAUCAUACGUUGGUCGGCACACGCCGAACACGCACAACCGCAUUUAGUAGUAGGAGUUGCAAAAGACAUGAUCCUUUCACCAAGAUCUUGUACGGAAGGCAGUUUACAUGUGUACAAGAUACUUAGCAAUACUGGGAAAUUGGAGCUAGUUCAUAAAACCCCCAUCGAUGAAUAUCCUGGGGCUUUAGCGGCUUUCAAUGGGAAACUUUUAGCUGGGGUGGGUCGCAUGCUAAGAAUGUAUGAUAUAGGACGGCGGAAAUUAUUGCGCAAAUGUGAAAAUAGACACAUUCCAAAUCUUAUUGCAGACAUUAAAACCAUUGGACAGAGAAUGUUUGUAUCAGACGUACAAGAAUCAGUAUUUUGUGUUAAGUACAAGAAAAGAGAAAAUCAAUUAAUAAUAUUUGCUGAUGAUACUAACCCUAGAUGGAUAACAAACACUUGCAUAUUAGAUUAUGAUACAGUAGCAAUGUCUGAUAAGUUUGGCAAUAUAGCUGUGAUAAGAUUACCUCAUUCUGUAAGUGACGAUGUAGAUGAAGAUCCCACUGGAAAUAAGGCUCUGUGGGAUAGAGGUUUGCUGAAUGGAGCAUCACAAAAGGGUGAAAUCGUAGUUAAUUUUCAUGUUGGAGAAACUGUAACAUCCUUACAAAGGGCUACAUUAAUACCAGGAGGAUCUGAAGCACUACUUUAUGCAACAAUUAGCGGAUCUCUAGGAGUCUUACUUCCGUUUACCUCUAGAGAAGACCAUGACUUCUUCCAACACUUGGAAAUGCACAUGAGGAGUGAAAAUUCUCCACUGUGUGGUCGAGAUCAUUUAUCCUUUAGAAGUUACUAUUACCCAGUGAAGAAUGUCAUAGAUGGUGAUCUCUGCGAACAGUUCAAUUCUCUAGAACCCGCAAAACAGAAGGCGAUUGCGGGCGACCUUGAACGAACGCCUGCUGAAGUAUCCAAAAAGCUUGAGGAUAUUAGAACUAGAUACGCUUUCUAA